AUGGCCAUUGUGAGGCUGUUGUGUAACCUCUUAUGGACUGUUUGCAUCUUUAGAAAUCUGUUAGAUUCCGGUACAGUGACAAUCCUAGUGGGCCACAGCCUGCUACAACAGGCUGAACUUGUGCUUUGGAUGAGACAGAAUAAUGCAUCAGUUCAUUACCGGUACGCCUCGGCUCUGGUGUAUUUCUCAUAUAGGUCUUUGAUAAGUUUCGAUAGCUGGCGGUGCUGUGGUGAAGGAAUCGCAUUACGCUAUGGAAGGAGGCUCUCCUCAAAUCCAACGCGAAGGCGACGAUUCGAACGUAAUUUUCUAGAUGAGAGGGGUCCCGAUAUUCAGGCGUGGCUACGGCGCACAUUGCUUGAAGUCAAAAUACCUAUUGUUUUACCCGGUACGGUGGGUUUCUCGCCAUCUAGGGACGUUAUUGACUUCGUCCAACUAUGGAGUACGUCUUAUGACAUCGAGAUCCAACUGAACCUCUCCUAUCUGUGUUGUCGCACUUUCGGGAACUUUAUGGGACUAUCUCAUUUCAAAGGUUACCUUAGUCCUACCUUUCGCCUCCUCCGCCCUCUUCUAGGUAGUCAAUACCAUUUAAUUUUGCUCUCACUGAACGGCAACAACCUCGCUCUACGACUGUAUCAGCCCAUUAUACAGGACAACCCUAUUCCACAGGACGAGACUAUUGCACAGGGUGAGCUAGCUGCACCGAGCGAGCCUAGUAUCCAGGAUAAACUCACACCACCCAAUGAUCUUGCCUCAACAAGGUGCAAUAGCCGCAAAGGUGCUGAUCUUGGAACUGCGAAUCCACAGCCAAAUCUCUCUAGAAAGAAACGCGGCGGGUUCUGGGAGCAUUUUGUCCCAAAGCUCAAAUAUGACUUGGCCGUUACAGACCUGAAGCAGACAGUUGAUAUGCAAGGCCAAAUUCUAUUCGAAGUCCUUGACUCUCUAGCGAACCAGAGGUGGCAGAAAAGUUUGUCAGUCUGGAAUGGCCACCUCCCGCUCAAAUCUAAACGGUUCCCGCUGCCAACGGACUUAUAUCUGAAGACCGACGCUGAGGAGCAUCUAAGGAUAAAGAACGGAUUGCCAAUUCCCUAUCUCAAUACACCACACAAUAUAUCACCCAUACUGACAAACUAUAUGGGCUUUCCCAUUCCUAUCCCGCCUGCAACUCGAGGCCCUUCCAUAGGCUGCUUGGUCGGUUUUGCUAAAUACCGGUUUUGCUCAUCCUUUCACCAUUUUUCGAGAAAGGACAGUGCAACUUGCUUGGGAGUAGGGUUUCCCAGGACGAAACGUCCUCGCCGAGGUGUGGAAGAGUUUAAUGUUUCAAGACUUUGCUUCGUAGAACAGGACAAGAAUAACAAUUUCAAAUACCCCUCGGCAAUUAUGCGGACGAAAUCUCACCAGAAGCUCGAUAUAAUAUCCACCUGA